AAGAAGCGAUGUCAGGAUGCAGCAUCAGAGCGCUGUGGAUCAUCAGCCCUCAAGACACCGUCGUCUUUUCACGGAGAUUCCCUGUUGUUGAGAAGCGUUGGCGUGUUGCUUGCGACCGUGAGCUCGCCGGGCACUCCCCUCUUCAUUCUCUUCCCAGCGAUCCCGAGCUUGCCUCUGCCUUCGCUGAGAGGAAGAGAAGGGAAGGGUCGGCGCGUGGUUUUGGUAUUCGUGUUGCUCAGUUGUCCCGUGUGUCGGAUUCUUGGAUUGUUGAUCCGAUUAGUCGGCACAUUGUGGGUCUUCGUGUUCUGAAAGAAGAGGAAGAGGAAGAGGAGUUUUUGUUAUGGCCUUUGGUUUUGCAUGUCAAAGGGAGUUAUUGCAUUCUUGCUCUGCCUUUGGUUGAGCCUCGACAAUUCAAAGAAUAUGAAAGCAAGAGUGGGAGACCCGGGUGCGGGGAUUCCGAUGGAGAGGAAGAUAGCUUGUCUUCUCUUUUGCUUAGCCUUCCAUGUAUAACAGGGGCAUUUGCGGUGGCACACGCUGUGGGAGACAUAAUUACUGGAGAUACGGUAGAGCCAGAGGUGGUUGCUGGUUCAACUCCUUCUGUGGGAGGAUUGUUGGAUUCUCUGACUGGCAGCAUAGGCAUUUCAGGUAUUGCUGCCAGGGCAAAACCUGUUGCAGCACCAGUUGUUGCUUCUACUGCAUCAGGUGCUUCUACUAUAGGUGCUAUUAUAUCAGACACGCCCAAAAGCACCACCAGGCCAAUUGAUAAAGAUGCUUUGCGGACAUUUAUAAGUAGUGCCAUGCCCUUUGGGACACCCCUUGACCUCAAUUUUUCCAAUAUCUCAGCUAUAAAGACUACAGGGUUUUCUGCUUUGGAUGCGCCACCUACUGAUCUCAAACAACCUGGAUGGAAGCCAUAUUUAUACAAAGGAAAGCAAAGAGUAUUGUUCACAAUUCAUGAGACAAUCUAUGCGUCAAUGUAUGACAGGGAUGAAAUUCCUGAUGUAAUAUCAAUUUCAGGUCAAGUUAAUUGCAGAGCAGAACUGGAAGGGUUGCCUGAUGUGUCCCUACCACUUACUGGGCUGAGUUCUGUUCGUGUUGAAGUUUUAUCAUUCCAUCCUUGUGUCCAAGUGUCUGAGCAAGGCAUAGAUAAACAGGCUAUGAUGUUUUCUCCACCACUAGGAAAUUUUACUUUAAUGCGUUACCAGGCCUUUUCAGGCCUUGAUCCUCCGGUGAAAGGUUUCUAUCAGCUAUCGAUGGUCUCAGAAGAUGAAGGUGCAUUUCUGUUCAAAUUACGUUUGAUGGAAGGUUACAAGGCUCCUUUGUCCAUGGAAUUUUGUACUGUGACGAUGCCUUUUCCUCGGAGGCGGGUUUCAUCCUUUGAUGGGAACCCUUCAACUGGAACAGUGUCAAUGACCGAACAUUCUGUUGAAUGGAAAAUAAUUACAGCUGGACGAGGCAUUUCUGGAAAGAGUGUUGAGGCAAUUUUUUCAGGAACUAUUAGAUUUUUUCCUUGGACAAGUCAAAGAGUAUCUUCAAUGUCCAGGUCAGUUGCACCAAGUGCAGUUGAAGAAGAUAGUGAUAUUGAGCAAGAAGGUUCAAACAAUAUUGUCAACAUUGAUGAAUACUUAAUGGAAAAAAUGAACAAAGACCUGCAAGCAGUGGAUUUGGAAGAACCAUUUUGUUGGCAAGCGUAUAAUUAUGCAAAAGUGUCAUUCAAGAUUGUUGGGGGAACGUUAUCAGGAAUGUCAAUUGAUCCAAAAUCUGUAAGCAUUUAUCCAGCUGUUAAAGCUCCAGUGGAGUACUCAAUGCAGGCUUUAUCCGGAGAUUAUCUAUUAUGGAAUACUUUGGGAACAUGCCCUUUUGCUAAGUCACCCGAGCUUAAGCAAUAAUACAAACCUUUUCAUCCAUGGCCGCACAAGAUUUUUGUCGCAGCUGAAUGGCACUUUUUGAUUGAAGACUGAAUGAUAGAUCGGCAGAAAAUACCUUUCUAUCCUUCAUACUGUCUCUAUGUUUUGUGGCGGAUAAUUUGCAUCAGGAUUUUCUGACAGAUUCGAAGAAGUUAGCUAGCAUGAAUGCUUUGUAAUCAAUCCUACUAAAACCAUUGUUUUUUUUUUCUCUUGCUUAGUAUGAAGCUGGAUAUGGAUAUCAGUUUAAGAGGUUUAAUGUAUGAUGAUCAUGAUUUCUCAUUUCCAUGAGUCAAUAAAUCCAUGGCAAUUUUCCAUGAAUUUUAUC